AGUUCACAUUACAGAAAUUUGAAGAUUCAAGUGAGGACUCUGAGAGUAUUUUUGAAUGUCUUGUCAAGAAGUGUAGUGAUCAUUUCCAUGGAGCUGCAGAUCAAUCAAGUGAUGAUCAAUCAGGUGAUGAAUACAUUAAAGAAUCUCCAAAGAAGUAUCCUCUUUUUAAGCCUGACAUUGAAGGGAAAGACUUGGAUCCAAAAAGUGCAUUAGGAAUGGAAGAUAUACAGACUUUAGCAUCAGCAAAAUCAGAUUUAGAUGUGACAUCAACAGAAAAUCAAAAAACCCACAGUGAUAGUACAACUAAUUUGCCAUUGCAUUUUCCACAGAAGGAGGAGACUGAUGAUUUAACUGGAAGUGCAUGUCUACAAGGACAUAAUACAGCAAUUGGACAAAUGAAAGAACUGGUGGCUGAAGCAACAUCAGAAGAGGAAGAAAGUGAGGCUGGCAGAGACAGCACCCAGGCUUCUAGUGUUUCUGAGACUUAUGGACUAAAGAAGAUUUGGGGUUAUUUACAGAGGACACCAGACCAACGAACACAAACUAUGGCAACUGGAGAAAUGAAUGCAGAAAUUAAAGAAGUUACAUCAAGAGAUGAGCAAAGCGAACAUGAAAGCAGUACAAGCGAUCACUCGUGGACCAUCUCAGAUCCUCUGCCACAGAAAGUAGAUGUGAGUCACUUAGCUAGAAGCAGAGAUCAGAGAGGAGAAAAUACAGCCAGAGAAGAACUGAAAGGCAAUGAAGUAACAUCCAUAGAAAAGUACAGAAGGCUUGAUAGCAGUGAAAGUAUAGAAUCACUGCCUACGGCUGAGUCUCCUCUGCAGAGGCAAGAUGUGGGUCAUUUACCAGAGACUGACGAUCCAAGAAGAGAAACUACUGGAAAUGGUGAAAUGAAAGUAUUUUUAGACUUCUCAAAGGAAGACCCUUCUCAACUCAAGCCUACCAUUAAAAAGAAAAGUUCAUUUCUAAACAGAGAAGUGGCAAAGAGGCAUGAAAGGUCAUGGGAGUCAGCAGACCCAGACAAAGAAAUGACAUCAAUAGAAGAGCAAAGAAGUCAUAUGCUUGGUGAAAGGGAUGAGUCACUGCAGUCUGCCACUGGUUGUACUGAGCAGAAGGAAGAUGUGGGCCAUUUAGUUGGGGCUGGAGAUCAAGGAAGAGAAAGUAUGACAAGAUAUACAAUGAGAGUAUCUCUAUGCAGAGAGGUGUCAACCACAGAAGAACAAAGCAGACAAGACAGCCAGGAAAGUGUUCAGUUGUCAGUUCUCUCUGAGCCUCAUCUACUGAAGGAGGAUGUUGUUCAUUUUACUGGGAUUCCAAUUGAAGAAAAAGAAAACAUAGCAAGUAUAGAAAUGAAAGCAGUAUCAAGCAUAGAAGUGACGUCCACUGAAGAGCACAAAAUGGAUAACAGCUCUGAAUGUUCAGAGUCAAUGCCUAUGUAUGAGUGUCUUCUACAGAAGAGAGAUGUGAGUCGUUUACCUGGGACUGCAGAUCAAAGAAGAAAAAACAUUACAAGUGGAGAGAUGAAAGGCUUUCCAAAGGAAUAUAUGCCCCAAUUCAAGCCUAUCGUUCAAAGGGAAAGUUUGUUUGAAUACACAGCAGUAGUAAGCAUGCAUGAAAGUACAAGCGAAUCAGAAGAACCAGGCAAUGAAGUACCAUCAACAGAAGAACUCACAAGGCCUGAGGACCAUCAAAGUGUACAGUCAUGGACUACCUCUGAGACCUUUUCACAGGAGGAUAAUGUGGUUCCUUUAGCUGGGACAAAAGAUGAAGGACCAGAAGAUGUCACAAAUGCAGAAGUGAAAGCAGUUCCAGACAAAAAAAUGAUAUCAACAGAACAACAAAAACAUGACAGCCAUGGAAAUAGUCAUUCACUGACAACCCCGGAGACUGCUACAUAUAUGGAAGAUGUGCUUCAUUUUUCUGUGCCUGCAGACCAAAUACUAGAAAAUAUGGCAAAUGCAGAAACUAAAGACAAAGAAGUGACUUCAGAAGAAGAGCAAUCAAGGCAUUGCUACAGUGAAAGAGUUAAGUCCAUGCUAUGUUAAUAUUUAUAUUGACAAUUGUCAUUCAAUACUGUUUGUUUAACAAGGUAGCUUAGGUAAACAAAUUAUACUUUAGAUUAUCCUAUAGAGCAAAUGGUUAUAACAAUAUUUAUCCCUAAAAUGUU